AUGGCGAAUGUAAAGUCGAAUACAAUUGUUGAUUCUAUGAAAAAGAUAAGAUAUUUAGCUGUUGCACAACAUAAAAUUGGACAUUCGAUUUUGGAGGAUUCACCAACUAUGAUGGGAAGACCUUUUGGAAAGAUGUAUGAGGCUAUGGCAGCAAGGUUAAGAGGCGAGGAUGUCGACCUAAACUGGGACUAA